CAACCCAAUGGCAACAAUUAAAACACAUUAUUGUUAUGAUUAUUGUUAUUACAGUUUUGUGGGUCUCUUAUCAUACGCUGCAGUGUAUGUCUCAUCGAUGGUGUGACGGGACAUGAAUCAGAUGUGUGACCUCCGCAGGGGUAGGGGUAGGCCCCGAAAGUUUGACAAAAGCGGACAGGUAUUCAUUUGCGACUGGAUGGGCUGCGACAAGAAGUUCAACCAGAGAAACGAACGGCCCUUUCGGUGCAAUUGGCCCGACUGUGACAAGCGAUUCAAACAGUCGUCUAAUCUCAACAAACACCGACUCGUCCACACCGGUGAAAAGCCAUACUUCUGUGACUUUCCUCAGUGUCUGAAGAAGUUCUCGCAAUCGAGAGAGAAACCAUUCAAAUGUCAUUUCAAUGGAUGCGGGAAACUGUUUGACCAAAGCUGUAAUCUGAAUAAGCAUUACUUAACGCAUAUUGGCCACAAACCAUAUACGUGUGAUUACCCGGAUUGCGGUGAAAAGUUCUCGCAGUCGUCGAAUCUGUCGAAACACUACCGAAGCAAACACUCGUCGAUUCCAUCGACCCAUUCGGUGACCAACAGUGCGGGCGAUGACGACUCCUCACAAUUCAUUAAAUGUGAUGUCAAUAAUUGUGAUGUAAUCCUAAGCCAACCCACAAACCCAUUCAUCGGACACAAGACUAAGUUCACGAACGAGACCAAUGAGGCCAUGAAAGACACGCACGUGAAUAGCGGUGACCAUCAGAGCCAACAUAGGAAACGGGAGACCAGUAUUGCGGCCAUAGCUCUGGUCAAUGAGUUGGAGGCGGCGGCAGCUCAUAGACUGUGUCCCACCAAUCGGUUCACAUUCGAGACAUUGCCUCUCAGUUUGAAUUUGAGUUGAGGUUUGAUUGCAAUCAACAGUUUGUUUAACGACUAGACAUUGGUUUACUUCAAAGUACUCGAAGUUCUCUCUCAUGAAUGAGUUCCUCUCAAAUUGGUUAACAUUUAAUGACUUUUUUGUUUAAAAUAAAAUCAAUUGUAAUGAAAGCAUUGAAUUUAUAAAAGCUUUCGUGAUUUUAUAACUGAAUUCAAUGUAUGUGUUUGUCGACUAUUUUAAUGAGCG